AUGGCUCCUGCUGACAUUCUCGUGGCCUCUCCAUCGAAUGGUAUCGUCGGACUUGAAAUGUGCUCGGCCACACCGCCUGACAACUGCAAGUCACCACACGCGCCUCGGCUGCUCCAACACGCAGGUCUUCGUGCACUCAAACAAAUUGCAGCAGACGACUCCGAUGUAACAAAAUCACAUGAAGCAACAACUACAAUGACCACGUCACCGAGAGAUUUGAAGUGCAAGCGGAAAUUUCAUUCACCCACGACGUCUGCAGGAAGUUUAGAUAAUGAAGACUCCGAAACAAGUCCUGACGAGCUUGAGGACUCGCAGCCGUCACCACCUUUGUCUGAAGACGCCGAGGAGAAGCCCAACACGCCAUCAAUUAAGUGCUUCGUAGCUAAAGGAAGAGAUCGUAAACGACGGAAAGUAGACGUGAUUGAAAGUGCGCUGAAGCGUUUUCAUGACGAAAAAGCCGAUCCUCCGCGUUGUGUUGAGUUUACAACUGUUUGUCAUCCCAUAAGUAAAAGUAAACGACAAGCGCCGAAACAGAUGCGUGUACAGAUUGGUGUGUCACUUGCACAAGGUGCACGUGCGUAUAUGGAAGAUCGAUACUCGGUUGUUGAGCGUUUGUUUAUAAAUGAAGAAGAUAAAGACUUUUCGCCAAGCUUGUUGGCAAUUUACGACGGACACAAUGGCGCGUAUGCAUCCGAGUAUGCACGUCGGCGCUUUAAGGAUCUACUUAGUGAGUGUGAAGAGCUGAUAGAGAUUAGUCGUCGCGCUCAGCUUGCAGAGAUGACGGAGGCUGACGUGAAGUCAAUUCGCGAGCUAUUAGUAGACGCAUUUGCGACUGUGGACGCGGAAAUUCUGCAACGCACUAUCAUAUUGAAUAAACGUGACGGAUCAACGGUAUUACUGGGUCUUUUAGUAGGUGGAAAGCUUUUUGUGGCAAAUCUUGGCGACUCGCGAGGCAUUUUGUCCCAAAUUGACCACAACGAAGAGGUGAAAAAAGUGUCCAGUGUCAUACGGCUUUCUGUUGAUCAUAAGCCCGAUCGUAGGGAAGAGACAGAACGUGUGGAAGAAGCUGGAGGAAAAGUGAUAUUUUCGGGAUGCUGGCGCGUAGCACACGAUCAAGUUUCAUUGCGUUUAGCUAUAAGUCGCUCAUUGGGUGACCACCCUCUGAAAUUGAAUUUACCGGAGUCGUGCUUAGCUCCUCUUGUCUCAGUAGUACCGGAUAUCCGAGUGCUGAACGUAGAAGCGGCCGGCGAGUAUCUCGUUUUUGCCAGUGAUGGUCUCUGGGACCGUCUGAGUGACGAUGACGCUGCCGCAAUUGUGCAUUCUAAGGUGGCGGAGUUUUGCUGGUCUGAGGAGUCAGCAAGUCCCACGAAUGCGACGAAAGAAGCCCUUCAGUUUGCUGCAAAUGCCCUUGUGGAAGCUGCGCUUUUAAAGCGUAGCAUGGACAAUAUCACGGCCAUGGUUAUAUUAUUCUCUCAAGUGUCUGACGAAGAGGCUUAA